AUGACAAUAAAAUCAAUAGUUAUUUAUGCUGAUGAAGGGACUAUUGAUGUUUGUGUUUAUUACUCAAUAAAAAUGCUUCAUUCUCAUUACCAAGAAGCUCAAAUAAGAAAAAUAUAUUCUAAUGAGUUAAUUGAAGGUAAAUGGAUUUAUGAAACUGAUUUGUUUGUUAUGCCAGGUGGUGCUGAUCGUCCAUUUCACAAAAAACUCAAUGGCAAAGGAGUUGAAGUAUUAAAAGAAUUUAUUAAUGAUGGUGGAAAGUAUCUUGGAAUUUGUGCAGGAGCAUAUUUUGCAUCAUCAUUUAUUGAAUUUAAUAAAGAUGUUGCAAAUGAAUUAACACUAUGUGAAGAAAGAACAUUAAAACUCUUCAAUGGGAUUGCUCAUGGACCAAUGUAUCAAGGAUUUGAAGAAUAUUCUGAACGAGGAGCUGUCAUAAUUCCUAUUUAUUAUCAAAACAAUGAAAAAGUCGAACUUUAUUAUAAUGGAGGAUGUUCAUUUGUUGACAAUUUAAAUCAAUACAAAGAGAGUCAUUUUCUUGCAAAAUAUCAAAAUGGAAUGAAUGCAUUAUUCUUUGACAUUAUUGGUAAAGGAAAAGUUAUUCUUUCUGGUCCUCAUUUUGAAUUAGACAUAGAAUGGUGUGGUAAAAUGCUUAAAGAAAUGUAUAAUGACAUUGGAACAUCUACUCUUUGUGUUUAUAACACAAUUCAUUUAUUUCAUCAUUUUUUCCCUUGUGCUAAUGUUUUUGUAAUUUCUUCUUCAGAAAUUAAGACGAGUCAAUGGGUUGAAAGUACUGAUUUGUUGGUCAUUCCUGGAGGUGAGGAUUUGCCAUAUCUUGACAAGCUUCAGAUGGAUGGAAUUGAAUUAAUUAAGUCGUUUGUUCUCAAUGGCGGAAAGUUUUUAGGGAUAUGUGCUGGAGCAUAUUUUUCGUCAUCAUACAUUAAGUUCAAUGCAAAUUCACAAUUACCCAUUGAAGGAGAACGUUACUUAAAAUUUUACGAAGGAAAUGCAAUUGGUCCAGUGUAUGAUGGAUAUCAACCAAAUAGUGAGUCAGGUGCACAUAUAGUAAAGAUAAAGUACAAUAAUAGUUAUGCGUAUGUUUAUUAUAAUGGAGGAUGUUAUUUUGAUGAUAAUAACAGUAAAGUAGAAGGUACUUAUUUUGCGUUGUAUGAAGAUGGCAAACCAUGUGGAUAUACUAGAAGAUAUGGAAAAGGCAAAAUUCUCAUCACGGGAUUUCAUUUUGAGUUUGAUGAACAAUGUUGUUCUCAUUUGUUAAGUCAAUUAAGGUAUGACGAUUUUGAAUUAAGAAGAGAAAGUCUUAUUAGAUACAUUUUAUCAUUAUUGAGUGAUAGUUAA